CAGAUCAUUUUCAUUCAACACAGAGCAUGAAAACGAUCGGCUUAUUUGGGAUUUUCUUCAAAAUCUUGUUUGCUAAAAUGAUCUAGUUGGGAAAAAUAAAGAGUAUAGAAGAAAAUGGAAUUUUCUUUCUUUGUUCUCGAAUAGGGUUUCCGAUUUCCAUCACAUCCGACGGCAGCUAUUUUCCAUUUGGCAUUUCCGUCCAUCGCCGGCAGGCAGGAUCAUGGCCGUCCAAGCCCAGGUGGCCGCCGAAGCGGCGCUUCUCCGAUCGCUGAAUUGCAACAACACAGUUCCGGUGGCGGAAUUGCUCGCCGCAGCUCGAUUUCUGCUCACGGACCUAGUCAAUAAGAUGCCUGAGGUCCAGCUUGGCCAGAAGAGUGAGUACUUAGAAGAAGAUGGAGACAGGGAUAGCGAUGGGGAUGGCAAGGGAGACAAAGAUGGAGAUUCGGAGGGAGGAGGAGAGGAGCACUCGGAGGAAGACAAUGUGGGCCGUGAAAACCCAAAUGAUGCGAACAGCAAUGAAGCUGCAGGAGGUGAUGAGGAUGAUGAUGGAGGCAAACCAGAUGGGGAAGAUGAGAAUGAAGGGGAAGAGCCUGAAGAUCAGGAUCCCAAUGACAACAAUGAACAAGAUGAUGACGAUGACGACGAUGAUGAUAGUGGUAAUGCUGAGGAUGAGGGGGAAGAGGAGGAAGAGGAUGAUGAAGAAGAGGUUGAAGACAUAAUUCAACCCCCAAAAAAGAGAAAGAAAUGAAUGAUCAAGUUUGACAUUUAGCUACUGUUAUUCACCUUGCUUUGUUCAGCUGUUUUAAGUCAUUAAUCUUGGAGAAUUAUCAUGUAAUGGACCAGAACAAACUUUGAUUUCUGAGAAUAUACAACCUCAUUUUGCUUUCUCA